CUGCCAGCUAGUGUUUUCGAAAAAUACUUCCAGUGACUAUGACUGAACGCACUGAUCAGAAGAGACUUAAAGCAGGAUCAAGUUCUGAGCACCCACUCCAUUAUUUUUCCGUUCAUCAACUACGCAAACAGAUCAGUUUUCCAGUUUAUGUUCCCGCGCGUGGCGCUCUAGUCCCCCAACGAAACUGAAGUUCAUGGUGCCUUCAGUGGGGAAACGCUGCUUUUCCACUUAUGAUACAUCCUCAAAAUACAUGGCAGUGCUUAUGUGGGAAACAACUUAGCUCACAGAUCCAUCCACAUUCUGUGGCAAAGACAGGCACAGGCCGCGCUCGAGAAAACCACUGGUUCCGCUGGACAAGCCGGUCGGUCCACAGAAUCGCUGGACCGUGCAACUUGACUCGUCGCUGCGCAGUACGUCGUGGUGUGCAUUUCCUACAUCGAAAAGAUUGUUGAGCCCAUGUGGCCUUUGCGCUUGCUCGCAAGUUUUUGCAGUCUGUCCUUGUGGUUAGCGUAUGGCUUGCUACUGGCGGCUCUCGCAAGUGUCUACGUUACAUUCCCUCAUGCAUUCCAGCGACACUGGCUUUCAGAACGCGGUCUUAGUACGUGUAUCUGCCAUUAAUGCAACAACUUGAGGUGGUCACAGUAAUUCUCACCGGAUGAUUGCUAUCAUGAACCACCGCUGUUUUUUGAGAAGUCCGCGUGCGUGUGGCGGGUUCACCCUCCUCUAGCACAGCGGCAUCCGGUGGCGAUUCCGGGUAUGGGGAAUCUACCCACGUUGCCCAUCGAAGGUACACGGACUCAAGCAUUUCCAGUGUAUAGCUAUUGCUUUUUCUUGUGACGCAGUUCAUUUUUGAACCCCUUCAGCUACGUCUAGACAUGGUCGAUGUUGACGGAGAACUUGUCAAGGUGGAGGAGACGAGGAGGAAGGUGGAGAAAGAAUUGGAGGAGAUCAGGGAUUUGGAGAAACGAAUUCGAAACAGGCAAUUAGAGUAUUCAGAACGACAGAAAAAGUCGGAAGAUGACAAAAACUUGAACGAGACAAGGACGAAUCGUGGUAGACUUCUGGCAGACGCUUUAAGUCUGUACGAAGGCGGCGACUUGAGAUUUGAUCAGAGCCUUCUGAUUGAUGCGUUCAGAGAUUCGGAGAUACAAAUUUCACAAAGUGCCAUCAGCAACCUCUUCCGGUGGUUGGAGAGGACAGAUAUCAACAACGAUGAAGACGCGAAGGACGUGAACUUGCAACUUUUGAGAGCAACCUUAGCGGUUAUGAGUGGCCUCCGAAAGCACAAAUGGGUGGAACUGGUGGAGUUGCACAAACAGGUUUGUGAUUCGUUACCAGCCCGAGAUGACAGUGGGAAAGAACCCACGGAGAAACGAAAUCGACUCUUGAACCAUAUCGAUGAUUACCUUGUUAUGCUGGAGCGAUUGCGACGCUUACAUUGGAAGGAGGUCGAAUAUCUGGAUAAUUUCGGCUUGCAGCUGCAGAGGGGAGCUUUCUCUCUUGACAAAGCGCUGCAGGACUACAUGCACACGACACUGCUCAACCGCGGAAAGACAUAUAGUGGUCGGUACGGAUUUCACAACCGGAGUAUUUCGACCUUGGAUCAGCUCCGUCGGUACUACGUCGAUCUUCGAGCGAGUCAGCACACUAAAACGAAUGUGAGACUCUGGGAGGACCUGCGAAUUGUGCUUUCAGCGUACGACGGGUACAAAGCUUUCACCUACGUGUCGGAGCUGGAAGGUGGCGUAGCCGCUGGGUUGUGGCCUGUGCAUGCGCUGCCACUCUUCUUGUACUAAAGCUGCGAGAAUGUAGAUGAUGCUUUUCACUGGGCAGCUGUGGAGUGCUGUCGCACCGCUCUGUGGCCUCUCCAUGUGAAAGGGCGUAUGCCAGUUGGUAGAAUUCAUCCGGUAUAUGUUCGACAUUUGCUGACUAACUUAACUUGCGUGUCGACAAAGGGUUCGCAUUUAGACCAAGGUACACGUGCAGUAUGUGCCAGAGCCGCUGAAAAUGUGAGGCCCCUGUAGAUUUCACUACGCUUUGUACUUUACUUCGGAUAUCCCUACCGACUCUGCAGCUUACGGAAGGAUUCGGAAGAUUUUAAUGCCUUCCACGAUGUUUUCAUGCACCACUACGGGACGACCUGCUGCAUUGAUACGCCAGAUGUGCGUAUGCAGAACCACUAAUAAUCAACAAACACGUGAAAUCGGUAGGGCCCGGAAGACGAAGCCUCGCUGAAGACUUCCGAAGACUGUUGUACACCGUGCAAUAGACCUUCAUCGGCAGAGUUAUACCUUCGCAGAAGUUAUGGGACAAUCGCGUGGGGCGUAACAUGCCUGCUCGCUGAAUCGAUAUAUGGGGACGGUCAUAGAGGAGGACGUUGCUGCAUACAUCUAAAGACGUGAUAACUACACAGUAGAAGGAAAUUUAUCAUUUAUGCCAAACAAGAAAUCACAUUCAUCCGCAACUGUAAGCUUUCACGCGACUCCACAGGCGGCCCUUCAGUUACCGCACACCAGAACUAUCAG